AUGAACAGAUCCGUGUUAUUUGGGGUCAAAUAUGUGGCUGGUUAUGUGGGAGAGACGGUCACCAUCAGCUGUUCAUAUCCAGAGGAGUUUGAGAGUCACAACAAGUACUUCUACAAACUUGAUGCUCAUCAUAUUCCUACAAUGAUGGACACCACAGAGACUCAGAGAGGCAGAUUCUCCAUCUCUGAUGACAGAAGAUCUAAAGUUGUCAGUGUGAGGAUCAGUGAUGUGAGAGAAGCUGAUGGAGGAGUUUAUUACUGUGGAUUGUGGAGAGAAGGAGAGUCAGUCAGUUAUCAGUCCUUCUACACAGAGAUUCAGCUGCAGGUCACUGCAAAGUCAGGAAGCACAACACACACAAAUCCAUCUGGUUCUUCUAACACCAUCACUGUGUGUGCCUGUGUGGCUCUGCUGCUGCUGCUGAUCGGAGGAUUAGCACUGAUAUUUCUCAGAUGCAUCCAGGCAAAAGGCUCUUCAUCAAACAGCAGAGAGGAAGGAAUCAAUUCAGAAAUGUCUCCUGCUGUGUGUGUCUAUGAAGAGAUUCAAGACUUCAGACCACAAUCAGACUCUGAAGAUACACCACUUUACGCUAUUAUUCAACCACCUAUACAUCCCUCUGAUCCUCUAAACUCUGUAUACACCACUGCCCAACUAACCAAAAUGCCCUCUCAUCCCCCUGAGACUGUAUAUGUAACUGCACAGUUACCCACAAUCCCCUCUGAUCAUCCCAACGAAGUGUAUGCUACUGCCCAACUACCCACAACGUCCUCUGAUUGUUUGGAUACAGUACAUGCUACUUGAAAUACUUCAGGUAGUCUUACUAGCUCUCCAGUUACCCCCUCUGAUCUACCCAAUACAGUUCAUGCUACUACACAGGUACCCAGAAUCUCUUCUGAUCCUACCCACGAUCUCAGUGAGGUCAAUAUACAGCCUCUGAAUGUGUGAAUGUUGUUCCAUUGAUUAAUAUGCUAGGGGUAGAGGCAUCACCAAGUGCAGUAUAUAUGUAAUGGAUUUAAUUUAGUUCAUUUAUUUUUCACACAAAAUCUUCAUAUUUUAUGUGUUGGAAAUGAUCCUGAGUU